AUGAACUUGCCUUCACGUUAUUAUCAAAGCAUAUGUUCUGUAAGUCCACCUCGGAAGCACCGCCGCUGCAAAAACACGCUAGAAACGGCAUCUCCCGAUGCUCCACUACCAAAUAAAGACGAAAUCAACACGGAUAUGGGCUUUAAUGAAUCGAUUAGCCGCGUAGAGCAAGAGUUACGUGAAAGCGAACGUCGUAAAAAACAAGCUUUAUGCGUGGAACUUACAUCCUUUCUUUUCGACAUAUUCUGUCACGAAGUUCUUUUGCCUAGCGUGCAGUUAGACGGCAAUAAGGAUUGGUUUCUUGAUAUUCGAGAUAUUCUUCAUCGUGAAUAUAUGAAAAAAUCACUAGCAGAAGGAGAGCACAAAUUAGUCAAGGUGAUUAAACAAGUGGCUAUUCCGCAGUACUUUACCGAUAAUCAGUGGUAUUGUUUGCUCAAUUUAAACGUGAGUAUGGGUCAACUGUAUAGUCAUCGUUCGAUGAAUCGGUUUAAACUUUCAACAGAAGUGAAGGGGCUUGCUGCGAUUUACUUGGAUGGCGAGGCUAAACAAAUUGUAGAAGCACUUGUCGAACGUGUGGAAAGCUCUCGACCGGUAACAAGAAUGAAUACAUUGAGAAAGAACUACCAGAAAAAGCUCUGA